CCUCCUCCUCCCCUUCCUCCUGCUCCUAUCUCCCCUCCCGCCGCCGCCACCGCAGCAGCAGCAGUUGGCAUCCAUCCAGUCACCGAGUCGCGCUCCAAGAAAGAAAACAAGCCUAGAACUUCUUCUCUCGCCUCCCCGGUGAAUGGUGGGAGGAGCCCACAAGAAAAGCAGGCAAAACAGGAGAAAGAGUUUCAAAAGCGGAGCGGAGCAGUUGAACGCGACGAGGAACCCAGAGGCCGCACCUUUCGCGCCUGCCAUCUUCACACGGAUCGCUGCUGCUUGCGGCCGGUGACAGUACCCUCAAUCGCCGCCAGCAUCUUCGCGUUUUCCAAGCAUAAUCGCCACGAGCUGAUUACUUUAACCUUUCGAGACGAGAGGCGGGCCCGAUUCUAGGCAGCAACCAAGGCCGGCCGAUAUGGAGGUAGGAGCCAUUGGUCGCGAGGAGUGGGAGUUGGAGGAGUUGGAGGACCGCAUCUACGCAGAGCAACGGCAGGAGGAGCAGGUGGUGUACUGCGCCGUGGGGAAGGAGGCGGCCAAGGAAUGGAAGGCCAACCUGCAGUGGGUGCUCGCCAACGUCCCCCGGAGCAAGCGCAUCGUCCUCGCGCACCUGCACCGCCCGGCCUCGCGGAUCAACAUGAGACUAGUAGUUCUUGUGGUUUUUGAAAGUCUUAAACAUUUGGGCCCAUGGUUUGCAGUGGGGGCGUGGGUCCCAGUGAGCCAGCUUGCAGAGGAGGAGGUGACUGCAUACAGGAAGCUGGAGGAGGAGAAGAUGGGCAAAGUCUUAGACGAUCUCUUGGGCAUUUGCAGAAGUCAAAAGGUCACUGCGAGCAAGGCCAUCAUCGCGAGCGACGAUACCGCUAGGGGUCUUGUCCAGCUUGUUGAUGAUCAUGGGGUUACCGAGCUCGUCAUGGGCGCUGCAUCUGACCGGGCGUACACCAGGAAGAUGCGGGCGCCAAAGUCUAAGAAAGCACUGACAGUGCAGCGCAAGGCGAAUCCCUCUUGCAAGAUCUGGUUUGUCUGCAAGGGAAAUCUUAUCUGCACCAGGGAGGCUACCGAGGGACUGCAUAGAGCAGAAUCAUCCACAACUAGCACAAGUUCCAGGUCAAGCACUUCUGACUACUCGAGGUCGAAAUCCUCACCGUGCUUGCACAGCGAGACAUUCAGUAGUCAAGAAUCACACGACGCGACAACAUUAUCAGUUGAUCAGACUCCUGCAAGAGAGGACAAUGCCAUGGACCGCAACAUGCAGAAUUUAAAUCUUCAAGCAACUGGUAUUGCUGGAUCCUCAACGGUGUCAAUAUCUGAAUUCGUGGGGCCUGAAGGGGAACCAGCCGCUGUGCAGUCGCUGCAAGAAAUUGAAGAGGUCCGAGAAGCACCUUCACCAGAUGAUUCGGAUGCUGGUGAGAUGGACGAUGCCUUAUACGAGAAACUGAAGGACGCUCUUAUGGAGGCCGAGAACCUCAAGCAUGAGGCGUACGAAGAGACUCGCCGGCGUCAGAUGGCCGAGCGCGAUCUCGCCGACGCAUCCAAGAUGGCCGAUGACGCAGAGAGCUCGUACCGGAGAGAGGCGAAGCACCGUAAGGAGGUCGAGGAAAUGCUGGCGAGAGAACGCGCCGAGAUGGAGCGGGACAGGCGAGAACUCGAAGACAUACUCGAGCAGAUACAGAAGGUGAACGAUCGGAGCGCCGAUCUGGAGCUCCAGAUCACAAACUCGGAGCGCGCGAUGAGCAACCUCGAGGUCAGGCUCUCGGAGUCGUACAACCUCCUCGACACGCUCCGGCAGGAGCGCCGGCAAGGAGAGCCUGCGACUGCGAGGGAAUCGGCAGUGGAAAGCGAAGCCCUAAAUGGUGAACAGAGAGUGACCUUCUCGCGGUUCGGUUACUCGGAGGUGAAUAAGGCAACCAACCAUUUCUACGAGUCUUUCAGGAUUGAUGGCGGUGCCGGUGGCCGGGGCAGCGUGUACAGAGGGGACCUGCGCAACAUGGCCGUCGCCGUCAAGGUGUUCAGCCCCGAUGUCGCCGUAGACGAGGUCCAGUUCACCCGUGCGGUGGAGGCCAUCAGCAGGGUGAGGCACCCAAACCUCGUCUCGCUCGUCGGCGCGUGCCCGGAGGCGCGUGCCGUCGUGUACGAGUUUGUGCCAGGCGGGAGCCUGGAGGACCGACUCGACGGUGAGAGCGGCGCGCCGCCACUCCUGUGGCACGCGCGCUGUGGCAUCGCGUACCGGACGUGCUCCGCUCUGGCGUUCCUCCACUCCACGCUUCCGCGGGUAACGGUGCAUGGCGACGUGAGGCCGGCGAACAUCCUCCUGGACGAGCGGUACACCUCGUGCAAGCUGGCCGGUCUCGGCACGCACGUGCUCGUGGAGCACCGCGGCGGCAUGGCGCUGGCGAGGCCGGCUCUGGCGUACACGGACCCGCACUACCUGGCCACGGGGGAGCUGACCCCGCAGUGCGAUGUGUACUCGCUGGGCGUGGUGCUCCUGCGGCUGGUGACCGGGAGGCCAGCGUUCCUGGCCAAGAAGGCGGCGCAGGAGGCCGCGGGCGGCAGUAAGGCGUGGCACGAGGUGGUGGACGCGAGCGCGGGAGGCUGGCCGACGGAGUGCGCCAGGGAGGUGGCGCUGCUCGGUCUGAAAUGCUGCGACGUGAAGCGGAGGCCGUGUCGCCCGGGUGAGCUGCUAGAGGAGGUCCGGGGCGUUCUCGAGGCCGCGAUGAGCGCUGCGCCGAGCAGGUCGGCGUCGUCCCUGUCGGACGGCGAGGGCGCCCCAUCCUACUUCCUCUGCCCAAUAUCCAAGGAGGUGAUGAGGGACCCGCAGAUCGCCGGCGACGGGUUCACGUACGAGGCGGAGGCGAUCAGAGAGUGGCUGGGCAGCGGGCACGACACGUCGCCGAUGACCAACCUGAAGCUCCCGACGCGGGAGCUGAUCCCCAACCACGCGCUCCGCUCCGCCAUCCACGAGUGGCGCCACGGCCGAGCGCCGCGCCCCCAACUCGAUCGGCUUCACUAGUCACUAGUCUGUGGACACUGAUCUAUAUCUGUUCAUUCACUAAUCACUAGUGUGCAGACGAACGAUCGAACAUGCUGAUAAUUCUAAAAGGCGAGAUUUUGACGUCGGGUAGUUAACUAGAGGUUAUUUUCCUCUCUCUCUCUCCAAACGAUCUGAUCGUCUGCGUGUAUAACAUUUUUGCAAUAUAUGACAUUUUUCCUUCAUAGUA